GUCAGACAGAAACAGGCAGAGAGGAAGAAGGGAGGGAACAGGGGAGAUAAAGGAUAGAAGAAAUAGCUGACCGUGAGUGAAAGAGGAGAGCAACAAAGAUAAACAAAGAGAACUUCAUCUGUUUUGUUUUUGAAGUGAGACAGUAGUGGAGAGGGAGCCUAGUGGAGCAGAGCUUGGUGCCUGGUGAGAGAGUGACCCCCCUGGGACACAGACACAGCCAUGGAUCCCUCUGCGUCGGAUGAGGUUGGGGACGAGUGCAAGGAGAGCAGGAAGAUCCACUUUGCUGUGCAGUCCUCGGCACCCACCCAACUGGACCCCCGGCAAGUAGAGAUGAUCCGGCGCCGGCGGCCUACACCUGCAACACUGUUCAGAGUGGCAGACCAGUGUUCUCCUGAGGAUGAUCAGUCCACCCAUCAGUGGAUUGUAGGAGAGAAUGGGGUACUCAAGCCCAAGCGAGUCAACCCAAAUGUGUAUCAACCACCAUCCCUGAAAGCCGUCCAGAAGAUGGCUGAGGCACACAUGCAGAACCUGGGUGUCUACCCCCCCUUGGAAGACCCCUUUGAGGGGGAGGAGUACGACGACUACCCCUGUCAUGAGGAGAGGGAGGAGAGAUUCCCCACCAAAGCUGCUGCGACCAGCACCACAGAUCAAUCAGAGAAGCCGGAUGAAGAGGAGGAAGAGAAAGAAGAGGAAAAGACGGAAGAAAAGACAGAGGAGAAGGCAAAGAAAGUGCGCAAAAGUGUAAAGUUUUAACACUACUUUAAACAACAAAAUAAUGAAGGGAGAGAUGGAUGGUUGCAGAUGUGUGAAUGAUUGAGUGAAUGAGUGAUUUAAUGUGUGAACGUGUGAGUGAGAAAGAGAGCUUCUAAGUUUGAAUGGUGCAUAUUCAAAUUAAAUGAAUGAAUGAAUGAAUGAAUGUAGGUAGGUACUGUUAGCAAAUCUGUGAGCAAAGAAUCUGUACAUUAAUCUAGAAGGGGAGAGGGGGGAGAGGGAGGGAGAGCGAGUGUAAUAGAUAUCGCCCUUGUGAAGAGGUGAGGAGUGGCUCCUUAGAGCUAAUGAGACUAGUGGAUAGGGCAAGGUCACCAAGGUCACUGUGACCUUGAGGUCCCUCACUGCAACGCUAGUCUUCUCUUCCAUGUCAGGGGAACCAUUCAUUCACUUCUUACUUUCUAGCUUUGCUCUUUAAUGUUACAGAGCAAUGGAAUAAUGGCUAGAAAUAAUAACUACACAUGACACUCAAAAUAACAGCUUCAGUAUAGAACACACACACACACACACACACACACACACACACACACACACACACACACACACACACACACACACACACACACACACACACACACACAGAGAGAUGGAGAGAGGAGAUAUCAUCAGUCUCUGACUAUCGGUCCAGACUAUAUUCUAAAGCUGCUCCAUUACUGUGCAGAUAUGAUAAUACAGACUCCCAUAUGGGUUCCUUUCAAAAUCACAAAGACCUGUAUUAUGUGUACCAAAUUUCACUCUGGCCUAGAUUGGAUAUCUCUGCAGCCUAAUCAUAUUGAGAUCUUGUUCUUGGAAGAAGUGAGCAGCUGCUGCCAUCUUGUGGCAAGAUAGGGGAUGUAGAAUAACCAGAGAGUAUGUAUUGACAUGGAUUUAUAUACAAUAAACUGUGCACUGCAUAGGCCUUCAAAUAAUAUGCAUCUAUAUAAUUGAAAUGAUCUAGAUUUGUAAUGCAUUUGAAACAUUUAUUUGUGAUGCAUUUGAAGUUAUUUUUGGUGCCCAUCAAAGCUAUUUGUGUCAAUGAUGUACUCUGGGUGUAUGUGAGGAUGCCAUGCUUUUGUAAAAGUAGUCCAAUUUAGUUUUUUUGUGAGAAAAAAAAUGUAUUCAUUUUGUAUACAGAAUCAGAUUCUUAUUGUUUGUUUGUUUAAAUCAUUUCCUGUGUAAAGACCUAUUAAUCAACUUAGCUGUAUAUGGUCUCUCUCUGUUGAACAAUUGUCACAACGUUUAGUAACCUUUUAGUCACGACUUGGAUAACUGUGUUUUUCAUAUUCUCAUGAAAACCAAUACAGACAAUACAAUACAUAGUGACUCUCUUUCUCUCUCUCUCUCUUCCUGCUGAAAUGGAAUGACACAUUUGAAUAUACAAAUAUUCACCCUCAGAAUGUCAUUAUCAUCAUAUACUCAUUGAUAAUGUCAGUCUAAUAAACAGUUUUCUUUAUUUCCAUCACAUCUGUUCUCCAACUGCAGGAUUGCUUGAGUCAGCGGAAUACAUUUGUUGUAGUGUCACAGUUGAAUGUCUCAAUCUGUACCAACUGUUAAUAUAUAGUAAUUGUUUUGAUUCUCUUUUUGUUGGACAAAGUGUUGAGACAUAUGGCACCUACUCCCUCCAUUGUCUGGCUGUAGUGAGCAUCCUCUCCUUCUCCAAGUCUAUCUAUCCUCAUUGUUCAAUAGACGAGUGCCAUGACAAGAAUGAACUCUAAUCGCACUAUUCUUCUUUAUUCCACUUUUUGUUUUCAUUUUUUUUUUCUGUACUUGUUAAAAAUGUAGACAUUUCAAUGUGAGCAACAAUAUCUAAAUAAACACAUUUUCCUGAUUUGAAAUUA